UCAGCCCCUCACCAGUGCUCAGCCCUUUUCGCUUUAAAGCCAAUAGAAAUAGCGCUAUAACAGAAACUAACCAAUCAAAUUACUUUGAAUUAGUUCUGUGACUUUUCAUUGGUCGAAAUAAUUCAUAACAUAUUUGCUAAGUGGGUGCGAAGCACAUUAAAAAUGACUCCAUUUCGACGUCGUCAGCUGACGAAGCGACAAGCUGCCCGUGCUCAAUGUUUUUGUUAGUGGGAAGCGCUCGCAGAAAAGUCACAUCUAAUGUCUCUUUCAAGACCCAUAUUACAAUACCCCGAAGAAAAAUUAACCCAAGCUUUAGAAGCUAUUAGAAAUGGGAUGGCAAUCAGGGAAGCAAGUAGAACUUAUGGCGUUCCCCGAGGCACACUUCAAGAUAGAAUUCAUCUUCGAGUUCCUGAGGGUCCAAGAAGAAUGGGCCCUGAUUCCGUUCUCAACAAAUAUGAAGAAGCCGAAAUUGCAAGUUGGCUUAAAGAUCUUGCAAUGUGCGGUUUUCCCAACAAACCAGACAACCUACUGAAUUCUGUUCAACAAAUGAUGAUCGAAGAUGGUAGGCCUAAUCCUUUCAUAAACGGAAGACCAGGUAAAAAAUGGAUGAAUUCUUUUUUCAAAAGAAACGACUCAUUCUCUAUGAGAACACCUGAAGCAAUUUCAAAGGGGAGAGCAGUAAUCACCGAAGAGAGUAUUAGAAAAUGGUUUGAGAAUCUCAAGGACUAUCUCACUAAAAAUCAAGCACUCAAUGUGUUAGAAGACCCUAAACGAAUUUUAAAUGGGGAUGAAACAAGUUUCAUGCUUUGCCCUAAAACAGGAAAAGUGAUAGCACCCCGAGGAUAUAAAAAUGUAUACCAAAUAGUAAAAGGAAAAGAAAAAGAGGCAGUCACUGUUUUAGCAUUUUUUUCUGCAUUUGGUGAUAUUUUACCCCCAUGUGUGGUUUUUCCGUACAUCAGACCACCCAAAGAUAUUAUAAAUAGCAUGCCAGACGAUUGGUUUCUUGGUAAAUCUGACACAGGUUGGAUGAAAGCGGAUAUUUUCUAUGAUUAUAUCGAUAAAUGCCUAAACAAAUGGAUAGAAGACAAUGAAGUGAAGAAACCGGUGCUUGUUUUCGUCGAUGGUCACAAAAGUCACAUGACGAUGAAACUAAGUAAAUUUUGUCAUGAUAAUAAUAUAAUCUUAUAUGCACUUCCACCUAAUACAACACAUCUGAUGCAACCAGCUGAUGUAAGUGUUUUUAAACCAUUAAAAUCUGAAUGGGCUAAUACUGUCCAUGACUGGUGUUCACAGCCAGAAAACGUUAACACUGUACUGUCAAAAACUAAGUUCUGUCCAUUGCUUAAUAAAAUAUUAAGUAAAGAAUCUCUUAAAGAGUCAAUCAAAAAUGGGUUUCGUAAGUGUGGCCUGUAUCCGUUCGAUCCAAAUGCUGUAGACUACACCAAAUGCGUACAAAAUAUCUUAGAGAACAGAAAGAAUAUAUCACCUGGUUCCAAGAAAACACCAUCAAAAUCCUUGAAGAAAAGACACUUUGACAUUGCAUCACAAGUUAUAAAACAUUUAGACAAAGACUUGACAGCAAAGGGCAUUGAUGUUAACAUUUUACUGGAUAUCGUGGAAAAUGCGAAACUCACCCAGGGCUUAAAUGAUUCGGUGAGAAGUGAAACUACAGAAAAAGAGAUUGAGAAUAAGGAAAAACGAAUAACUAUUGAAGAAAGAAUAGAACCACGUGUGACAGACAAAGAAAAAUAUAUGAGUGACGGAAUUGAAAAAGAUGGAGUUGAAGAAGGAAUGUACGUAGUUAUAACUGAAGACGAAAAUAAUUACCUAAACAAGACUGACACUGAGAGUGAAAUAACUCCGAUUGAAAAUAAAGAAAAUAACAACGUUGAAAUAAAUUCAUCGCUCCCUGAGAUAGACACUAGUAAUAUAAAUAAUCUGAUACUUGGCGAUCUUACCUUUGAUAAUAACAAUUUGUUAGAUGACAUUAAUCUAGGGUCAUUUGAAGUUAAUGACAGUUUAAUAUUAGUACCUUUAAAUAAUAACAAUUCUCUGAUUGAUGAAAACAAACUUCGUGAUGACAAAAUACAGACAAAUUCUAUUAUACAAGUAAAGUCUCCAAAAGUAUCACCAUUUGUUCGAAAACAUCUUAUUAUACCAUCACCAAUAAAGAAAUCUACCACUCCUAGAGUCAUGAAUAGAAUUGGCGCAAUUUCUUCUGAAGAAUGGAGACAAUUUGAAAUGGCUAAAGAAGAAGAGAAACAAAAAAAGAAAGAUGCUAUACAAGAAAGAAAAUUACAGAGGCAAAAAAUUAAAGAAGAAAAACAGAAACAAAAAAAUGAAAAAAGAAAAGAAGCAGCUCUUAAUUCAAAAAAGAGUAAAGUGAAGGAGACUAAAACGAAGAAAAACAAUGAUUCUAAUCAAGAAGUGAGAGUAAUACGUACAAAACAAAGGAAAUUGGAAGACUUGUUUGACAUAGCUGAAGAAGCAGAGAAGAUAGACUGCCAUUUAGAAGAAGGCAAACAAAAUAAAAUUAAAAUUCUCAGUAAUAUACUUCUUUCUCCUAAAACUCCUGAAACAGAAACCUGUAAAGAAGAUAAGGUCCUGCAAAAAAUUGGUAAUAGACGACAAACUUUCAGAAGUGAAAAAGAACUUGAAAACUUUUUAAAUAUGGCAGAAUUUUCCGACUGA